UUGAAGUGCGGUUUCUGAAUUGUGUUGAAUAAAAACUACGAAAGUAGCUCCUGUUUCCCCUUUUGCUAAUGAUUUAUUUGCGUUAUUUGAAUAUUACAAUAAGUAACGUCGUUGCAUCAUGACUGAACAAAAGCAAGAAACUAAGUGCAUCACUCUUAAAGGAUCUGCUGUGCUGCUGAAAGAGUAUCUUUUAUAUGGAAUCAAUAGCAUAUUGUAUCAGAGAGGAAUUUAUCCUCCGGAAACCUUUGAGCCUGCGGAACAAUUUGGACUUUGCAUAUUGAUGUCCACAGAUCCAAAAAUCAAAAACUUCUUUGAUAAUGUACUUGGCCAAAUCCAGGAGUGGCUCAUACAGAGAAUAGUUGAGAAAGUUACUCUGGUCAUAUUAAACGUCAAUACCAAAGAAGUUUUAGAAAAGUGGGAUUUCAAAGUAGACUAUGAAACCGUCUCAUCAAAUGGUAAUGCAGACGAUAAUGGAGAUGGUAAAUUCAUCGAAGUUGGAAGCAAAGAUACCAAAACGAUUCAGAAAGAGAUCCGAGAAGUUAUACGUCAAAUCACUGGAACCGUUAGCUUUUUGCCGCUUCUUGAUUGUUUAUGUUCAUUCGACAUCCUUACCUACACAAAGCCUGAAUGUGAUAUUCCAAAGGACUGGGAUGAGACAGAUCCUGUAUUUAUUGCCAACAGCCAAGAAGUAAAAUUAAGAUCCUUUUCUACUUCUAUUCACAAGAUGGACACCAUAGUUAGCUACAGAAAUACUUAAA